ACUUUGCUCAGGAGCCUUUCGGGAAGGGAAGAGGCCUGACCUUGGAGCUGGGGACAGGGCAGGCACCACCCUGGCCCAAGGUUUCUGCUUCUGGCUUCUGCUCUGAGGCUCUGUUUUACACUGGUGCCCUCCCACCCGCAGAGGGAAUCGAAUCUUUCCCCAGGCCAGACGGAAGGAGAAGGGAACAUAGUAGGGCCCUGUAGGACCCGGUGAUGACAGGCUGUUUGGCUCCCUGGAAGUGACCAGGCCAGAGACAGAACACGCUGCUGGCUGCCCUGUGAGAUGUGGUGACGCCGGGCCCUGGAGUGUCCUGCUCAGGCUGCCCAGUCACUGCUUGACAAGCACCUGGGGUGUGAUGGGUGGUAAAAGCCACACGGUGGACACGGCAUGAUGGUCCCAUUACAGCUUCCUUCUGGCCUCCCUCCUGCAAUCCUGAGGUCACCACUGAGGGCUUACUACGUGCAAGUUCAAUGCAUUGAAGUUGAUGGAUAAGCCCCAGUGGGAUCUGAACUUUGAGACAGUACCUUUCUGACCCCUUUCUCGGUGACUCAUUUGGAACUGUGGACUCUGCAGCACCCUUUGGCUUGCGGGGCUGCAUCACAGGCUGCAAAUCUCCUUCCUGGAGGAAGGGCUUGCUGGUGUUUCAAGGCCAUGGCACAGGCACGUGGGAGCCCCGGGCCCUGGGCCACCCCUGACCAGCCCUGCGUGUUCAAGUUGGUGCUCCUGGGCAGCGGCUCUGUGGGCAAGUCCAGCUUGGCCCUGCGGUAUGUGAAGGACGACUUUAGGAGCAUCCUGCCUACCGUGGGAUGUGCGUUCUUCACGAAGGUGGUAGAGUUGGGAGUCUCGUCUCUGAAGCUGGAGAUCUGGGACACAGCUGGCCAGGAGAAGUACCACAGUGUCUGCCACCUGUACUUCAGGGGGGCCAACGCCGCGCUCUUAGUGUAUGACGUCACCAGGAAGGAUUCCUUCCACAAGGCGCAGCAGUGGUUGCAGGACCUGGAGAAGGAGUUCCCUCCGGGGGAGGUUGUGGUCAUGCUGGUCGGCAACAAGACGGACCUCAGUGAGGAGCGGGAGGUCACCUUUGAGGAGGGGCAGGAGUUUGCUGAGAGCAAAAGGUUGCUGUUCAUGGAAACCUCUGCCAAACUGAACCACCAGGUGUCUGAGGUCUUCAGCGCUGUAGCCCGAGAGCUCUUGCGGAAACACAACAGGGAGGGCCAGGCUCAGGGCAGGGACGCAGCUGUGGCUCUGAACAUGGGGCCCAUGAGGCAGGUCAGAUGCUGUACCCACUAGAAGCAGCUAUUCCAGGAGGGGCUGUGGUGAGGAUGCUCCCAACUGGCUAUGAUCCUGAUUCAUUGGUGUUCCUGAGCCCAGAAGAUUCCCAUAAGUUGGCAUCCUUUAUAAAGACCGCUUCACAAAUCCAGUAGACAAUAUCUUAAGAGGAUCCAGGCCAAGUGGCUCCCAGAAGAGUGUUGGCCUGGACACCACCUGAUUCCAGAUGCCUGAGCCUGCACCAUCUGAUUGUCACACACUGGGCUGCCUCGCCUGGACAGAGAGGAAUUAAACGGGGCAGAGAGAAGCAAGGAUUGGAAGAACACUUUGAUUGCCAUGGUGGUUGACAAUGCUUAGGCCUGGCUUGGGCAGGUGCUGGUCCAGUGGGUGGGCCCACCUGCUUUUGGGAGGUGGGAGAAGUGGAACAGACCCCUUCCACUCUCUCCUCUUGGUUGCAUGUUUGAUAAAGCAAAGUUUCCACCAAUGGGCAUGAAGGUUUGGAGGCUUAGCAUGAGAUGCAAGUUGUAUCACUUAUGCAUUUUUAUUUCUCUGAAAUUUUAACUGCUUUUGACAAUCAGGCUUUGGUGCAUUUUCGAGGACAAGGUGGAGCGUAGAGCUGGAGGAUUGGUGUGACUACAGGUGUCCCUGCAUUUAUUCUAGGAGGGCUCGUUCUCAGAAAACAAGGAGGUGGCCCUCCCAUAAAGGCUGUGGCAAGGGUGGGAACGGCCACCUCUCUGGAAGGGGCCUGUUCCCAGAUGGUGAUGCGCCUCACCAUUGUGACUGCCAGCCUUUACAGAGAAACCUAGAUCCCUCUUCGUGGGGUGGGGGGUGGGGCUGAGCUCCCUGUGAGGGGUAAUGCCAGUCACCUGACAUGACAAGGUGCAGGCAUUUCACAGGUGUUUCAAAGGUGGCCUUUUCUUGGCGGGUUCUUGCCUCUGGGGCUGGGAUAAGCAGAUGUGAGUUGUACAUGGUAAGACGUUAUCACCUGAACAGUGCAGCUGCACCUGUCCCUGUGAGCAUGAGCAGAGGGGAACCAAGUGUCCCUCCCAUUCUCUGAUCUCAUCACCACUCCCAAGGGGCCCGCGUGGCCUGCUCCUCCCUGCUGGCCCUCUGCUCUGGCCCUGUGUGGAAAGCACCUUCCCAGCUACCAGGCUUGACCUCUGGGAGCCUCACCUUGCUGGGAUCUGCCUGAUGGGGCCACUCAGGAUGGCUGUGUGCUGGCCCAAGUCCACCCCCCAACUCCAUUGGGCCUGGCCUCCUCUGCAUCCCAACUACAGGUGGUAGCACCCUUUCUAAAGAGCCUCCAGGGUCCUUAUCCUGACUGAAGGGGGCCCCUUGCCUGUUGGGCUCCUGGGGGACCCGGCUUCUGCUCUGGGGAGGUGAAAGCAGCUCGGGUCUCCCUGGGGGUGAGGCUCUCCUGGUGCUUAUGUGACCUCAAAGAAACUUCCAGAAUGGCCUUUAUGGGAUAAGCACAGACCAGAUCUCACAAGGCUUUUUAUUGCCACGGUCUUUGAGAAAAGCUAAGGGUAAAUAAAGAAAGUAACAGCUUCUGAGAGGGUCUGUUUUUGUGAUUUUCAGUGACACUGUUUUUAUCCUUAGACAAUUCCAUAGGUGGCGCCUGACAACAGAUUGCUGAGUCCCUUGUCAUUUCUGACUGCGAAUAAAGUCAGAUUCUCAUGCAAUGACCCCCUUGCAGAUGAGGUGUCCAAGAGGUGAGUCUCCGGUGCGCUCAGUUGUAUUCUCACAGCUAGGCCCGGCAGGGACCCCCUGCACCUGGCAGGUGGACCCACCCUGGGGGUCCCGCGUCCCUGCUGAGGCUGCCUGUGUCCACUAGGUGGCGCCCCAGCACUGGGCAAGGCGAACCCCCGCUAGGCCUGGUGCAGCAUUGGCUCAGCCCAGGAGCAAAGGGGGCUCGCAGAGGGGCCACCAGGGCUGGACUGAAUAGGAAGUGCUGAAGUAGAGGAGGGAGGGAGGUCUGUAGGUGCUGGUGUCUCUGAUCCUGUGUCCCCUGGUCUUUCAAACUAGUAUCACUAUGCUAGAGUUUGUUAGUAAAAUGUAUCUUUUGGCUUUUCCCAGCAGGAAUUCUUUCAGAGAUUGGAGGGAUCUGUUGGUCCUGGAGCACUGGGGGGGGGUCACCCACCUCCUAGGGUUGUGACUGUCCCUUUCCUCCUCCCCGCCAGGUGGGUGGGGCUCAAGCCUGACCUGGAAUCCCGGGCUUCAGAGAGCCCACACCACCUCCCCCUGCAGCUCCUGCUCACCUGUGGGAUUUGCAACCCCCCAGGAGCCUGGUCUCUGCCAGUCUAGAACCUCUGUGAGGGCGGGGCUCCCGUGCCUUCCACUGGGUCGGGCACACACCAGGUGGCUCAACACGAGUGUGAGUGAAGGGACAAAAGCCGUGUUUCCCCAGAGACCUAAAGAACAGGCUGGCUUUCCUGGUAAUGGCCCCCACCAUGACCAACAAAUGCAGGCAGAAGGCGCCUGGUGCAGAUGCUACACCUGCCACCCCAUCCCCACGUCUGCAAGCACACGGGGAUGGGCCACUGGGGCUGGCAGGUGUUCCCGUCACAAAUGCUUUAGAGUAAAGGGCUCUAGCCCUGCUUAGCCUGAGUCUAGACCCGGCUUCUCUAAAGCUGUUGUUCCUGUACAGGUGGCCCUCGGGAGCUCCCUGCCGUCCCAGUUGGUGCCUCUGAUAUUUUCCAUGGUUUCUCUUCCUAAAUAUGUUCUCAUCUAAGUCCUCUGGAGGGGCUGACUCACAGACCUAUUUCUCUUCUUCCCUUCUUCCCUUCCCUUCCUUCCUUCUUUCUUUUACACAGAGUCUUGCUCUGUCACACAGGCUGGAGUGCAGUGGGGUCAUUAUAGCUCCCUGCAACCUCAAAUUCCCGGGCUUCAAGUGAUCCUCCUGCCUCAGCCUCCUAAGUAGCUGUGACUACAAGUGUGUGCCACCAUGCCUGGCUAAGUUUUCUAUUUUUAGUAGAUAUGGGGUCUCACUCUUGCUCAGGCUGGUGUGGAACUCCUGACCUCAAGCAAUCCUCUCAGAGUGCUAAGAUUACAGGUGUGAGCCACAAGCGCCUGGCCAGACUUAUUCUUUUUCUUUAAAAAUUUACUCCUUUCUUGGGGUGCUCACUUUCCAAAUUUAGGGCAAUUCAAAUAUCAAAAAUUACUUAUAAGGCACUGAGGGAAAAAAAGGAAAAAAAAAUAUCUUCUUUGGAAGAAUCCAGCUGAUAAAUGUGGAAGGAGUUGGAGAGUCACCAUUGCAUGACCCAUAAUGUAGCAAUUGCUCCCGGCAGGGAGGGUCAGUGGAUGCAUCUUGGGUGUAAGCUAGGUGGGAAAGAAGAUAUUGCUGCAGGGCCCUGGGACCUCCACAGAUUGCAUAUUGGUCACACAGGGAAAAAAAACCCCUGACAACGGAGAGAUCUGUCAGGGAGGGACGCUGGCCCCGCUGUAGAUAUGACACAAUAGGACACAGAGCAUUCCCACCCACAAUAAGCAAACUAAACCCAGGUGAGCCCCCAAGUCUGUCUGUCAGAGUCAGGAAAUACCCGGGACAGAAGAGCAGGUGCCCCACCGUGGGGGAGCCCCUGUGCAGCCAUGUGCACCAAGCCCCGUGUCGUGCCAUACCAGCUGUUUUGUUUGUUUGUUGAAGUGUAAACUGUGGCUUUGAGUACAUUCACCACGUUCUCUGGCUUCUGCCUCAGUCUGGUUCCAAGACAUCUUCCUCACCCCCAAAAGGCGCCCACCCCUCCCAGGCAGUCACUGCCCACUCGCCCCUCUUCCCCCACCCCUGGCAGCCGCUUGCUGUCCAUUUGAAAUUGCAUAUCCUGGGCGUUUCAUAUAAUUGGGAUUGUACCCCGUGUGGGUUUGGUGACUUCUUUCACGUAGCCUACUGUUUCUGGCUCAUCCUGCAGCACAGGUCAGUGCCACAUUCCUUUCUACAGUUGAAUAAUAUUCCACCACAGGGCUAGGCGGCAUUUUGUUUAUCCACCAUCUAUGGAUGGGCACUAUGGAAUGUUUGUGUCCCCCUCAAAUCCCUAUGUUGAAUUCCUAAUCCCUGUUGUGAUGGUAGUGGGAGGCCAGGUCUUUGGCAAGAGAUUAUUGGGUCAAGAAGACGCAGCCCUCCUGAAUGGAAUUAGUGCCCUAUUAGGGGAGCCGGAGAGCUUACUUCCUCUCGCUGCCUUCUGUGGACACACACCAGGAAGGGCCUGCACUGGUACUGCAUCUGCCGGCACCUUGAUCUUGGAUUUCAGCCUCCAGAACUGUGAGAAAUAAAUGUCUAUUCCUUA